GGCGACCAUAUUGGGAGUUUGAGCACUGGGGACGCCGCUGCUCUGUUACUAGGCUGUACUGUACUGGAGGUAAAGUAGCUCAUAUUUAUCAGACUGUGUUAGUUUAGCUGCUUUAAGAGGACUCACUGCUUUAACAGAGGUCGUACUGUAGCUCUUCUCUGUUCAGUGCCAAGGCGUUGCAGUGCUUUGACUGUGUAGCUUAGGUUGGUUAGUAAUCGGGUGGUUUGAACUUGCUGAGUUACUAAAGGUCGGUGCAGAGGCGCCACAUUUGAACACGGGUCAGGGUCCUGUCUCAGUGUCCUGUGUUUAGAAAGCGUAUUAGUUUGCUCGUUUAUUUUCUUAAUGUGAAGAUAAAGAGCGUUGCUUUUAAUUCAAUAGUUUAACUAAUAUGUGGUAAAUACAUUCUGCUCCAUUUCGUCCCUUUUGGAACUUAAGAAAUGCCUCUAUAAACAUCAACAACCCCCUUGGAGCUACAUUUCCAUGUCCUGUCGGACUCUGCUGUGUCUAACUUACUUCAGUUGCCCACACAACAUGAGAGCACUCCUUGUUUGCCCGUUGCUCCUUGGCUGGCGUUAGCUCCGUUUCCACAACAGAAAAUGAAGAGAAAUCACUUGAGAGAGUCUGGGCGAGCUGAGUGGCUGAGAGGGCAAUCACUCGAGGGCCUCCUGAGACUCCAACUGCCUUGGUAACAAGACUUAUCUGCUUGACUUGCCUGAUUAGGAGCUUCUUUCUUCUCUCUUUUGCUCAUAAUAUAUCAGCACCUCUCUGCAUAACAAGGGCUGUCUGACAACAUAAUACUUAGACCUCCAAGAAUCUCCAACUUCACUCUCAUCUGAAGAGAUUGAAAAGAGCAGGACUGGCUUGAUUGGCUCUGAUUUGGCAAGCAGUUCACGAGUAGCCUGAUUCCAUCCCCUUGUGCAAAUAGUAGAAAAUCUUGUGCACUGUAAAUCUCAUUCUCGCCCAGAGGUGAUGAGUGGUCCUACAGCAGGUCAGUCCUCUGCUAUGUUUCCAAAUCUGGAAUCUGGUGGCAGUGGGCGAGUGCCAACUCUGCUUGGGGGCCCUGGAGGACUUAGCAGCUCAGACAUGGAACUGCAGAAGAUGCUCAUUGAUGAGAGGAUGCGCUGCGAGAAACACAAAACCAACUACCAGACCCUGAAGGCAGAGCACACAAGGCUGCAGGACGAGUGCACCCGAGUCCAGUCUGAGUUGAAAAGGAUGCUAAAUGACAAGCAGACUGGUCAGGAGAAACUGCAGCUGCUGCUGGCAGAGCUGAGAGGAGAGCUGUUGGAUAAGACUCGGGAGCUAGAGGAGCUCAAACUGCAGGCGCUGACUCCUCAGCGGUUGGAGCUGGUAAAAGCUCAGGUCCAGCAGGAGAUGGAGGCUCCUAUUCGAGAGCGCUUUAGUAAGCUAGAGGAGGAAGCAGAGAAGUACAGAUCUCAGUACAAUAAAUUGCGUUAUGACUUCACUUUCCUUAAAUCAGAGUUUGAUCACCAGCGAGAGGAACAUGAGCGCAUCCUGGAAGAGAGGAAGAUACGCUACAGUGCUGAUUUGGCUCGUUUGGAGAGGGAUAAGGAGGAGCUGAGCACGCAGCUGCAGAGCAGUGACCCCGCGCGGGAUGGGAAGCGUGUGGAAGCUCUUCUGAGAGAAAAGGCCCAGCUGCACCAGCGAGUCCGUGGUCUGGAGGCCGAGGUGGCUGAGCUGCGUGCAGAGAGAGACAGCACAGGAGCGCAGGCUGAAAACGUGCAGCGGAUCCAGAUCCGCCAGAUAGCAGAAUCCCAGUCUGCAGUCAAGGCCCUGGAGUCAGAGAAGCAGUCUGUGCGCAUGCAGCUGGAGCGGGUGGAGAAGGAGCUGCGUUCAACCCUGGAGCAGAACACCCUGCUGACCAGCAAGCUGCACAAAGCUGAGAGGGAGAUUAAUACCCUUAGCAGUCAGCUUGAAGGGAUGAAGCACACGCACAAGCUGGAGUUGGCUAAUGUGAAGUUAGAGUGUGUAAGAGCCAGAGGAGAGGUGGAAAGGGAGCGAGACACACUGCAAGCCCAAAUGGAAGGGCUGCAUUCUGAUCUUGAAGUCUGGAAGGCAUCUGUGGACAGAAAUAAAGAACUGCUGUCUGAGAAAGAGAGGGAACUGGUCCGCAGGGUCCAGGCAGCCAGAGAAGAGGAGAUACAGAAACUGACUGCUGUUCAGGAGGAAAAGCUGGAACUUGAGAAUCGUCUCUCAGAACUGGAGCAGCAGAAGGCUCUACAGGAGGCUACAGGAAACUCUCUAAAAGAAGAGUGGGAGGAUCGUGUCCGUGCUGCACAGCUAGAGAAGAAGGCUGCUCACAAAGAGCUGCAGAAUAUCAGAGCUAAGAUGCAGCAGCAGGGACUGCAGCUAGAAGAGCUGGAGAGACAAAAGGCAGAAACUGCCGAGCUGAGAAGACAAAAUGCAGAGCUGAAUCUGCAGGUAAACACGCUGUCUCAUUCGGAGAGUGAGCUGAUGGAAGCUAAUGGUAGGCUGAGAGAGAGCCUGGAAAGAGUGAGAGAAGAGCUAAGAAGUGCUCGCACACAAAUGGAAAGGACCCAGCAGGAGGCCGAGAGUAUUGAAAGGAGCAUCAUCAUUCCAGAGAGUUCCAUUUCCACCGCUCUACAGCUUGACCCCCAUAAGCCUAAUAGGCUGGUGGAAGAGAGACGAGUGGAGUGGCUGGAGGAGAAGCAUAAACUCCAGGAAAGGGAGGCCGAACUACAGGAGAAGUACAGCCAAGCAAAAGGCCGAAUGCAGAGGGCUGCACUUGCUCAAAAAAAGAGAAAGACCUUGACUGAAAUUAGAGAGAAGAAACUGCUAGACAAGAUUCAGUUGCUAGAAGCGAAGAUAGAAGAAUUGGAACUCGAGACUCGGAUAGCCAAGACAAAUCCCUCAUUGUCUGAAGAGCAGGCUCAGCUAAGUAAACGUCUAAAGGAGAUGCAGAGGAGACACAGUGAAUUCCGUCGACUGUUGUUGGGCAACCAGGUGAUUUCUACACCUGUACCCUCCUCCCUGUUCAUCCCAGGCCCUGAGUCCAGCUUCCUGAACUUACAGGAGGAACAACACCAGAGGGAGCUGUCGGUGUUGCGGAGGAGACUGGAGGAGUUGGAGAAUAUUCAGCAGCUGCAGCUGGAGGAGCUAACUGCUCCUCAGGAUCGGGACAGAGAGAAAGACAGAGAAAGACUUCUAGAACCUCAAAAUGGCCUGCCUGACCUCUGACCCUUUAACAAAUGGAACUACAGCCAUAAAUUCUGUGCCAAAAAACUGUCAGGUUUGAGUACUGUGCUGUUUUGUUUUUGUUUUUAUUCUCAAUGGACUAAUUAAAAAAAUAAUGAUGCUCAGAGACAUAUUUAUACAUUUUUAUGGCAAUAUUUGUGUCUGCAGGUUUGACUUGUUUUUGCAGUCUUCCAUUAUUAAUAUACAUUUUAAAAUGAAAAUAUGAAUUCAAAAUGUUCAUUAAACACAUGUCUCUUUGCAACAG